AUGCAAUGACCGUCCCAAUCACACCUUUACCACACACCGGCGCGGAAAGUCAUACGAAAUCAUGCUGCCAGUGGCGCGCUACGUCGCCCGCAUUUCAGACCAGCCCCCGAGACCCGACCGGGCAGCCAUCUCCCGCCGCGAACGGCGGGGACCACAGCCCGACCGUCGGGGGCAUCAAGUGCAUGCUGCGUGAAACACUCGGCCUGGAGCCACGGCGACGGGGCACUGAUUGUGUCAUAUAACGGCGGGGGCGCGCGCUGAAUGGAGCCAUCCCCCUCCCCCCGCAUCUUCUUACUUUACCCCCUCAUCGUACUUCCUUUCAGCGACCGGACGAGAACGAUGCUCAGGUUCUUGUCGCUCGCUCUCGCGGCGGCGUCCUACGCGCGCGCGACGCCUCUCACCCGGCGCGCGUCCGGCGUCACAAACUCGGCAGACGGCGCGGAUGGCCAGGAGUUUGACUACAUCGUGGUUGGCGGUGGCCUCGCAGGCAUGGUCGUCGCCGCGCGCCUUGCUGAGGACCCCAGUAUCACGGUGCUCACGAUCGAAGCCGGCGCGGACAACCGCGACGACCCGCGCGUGUACGACAUCUACAACUACGGGCAGGCGGCGGGGACCGAGCUUGACUGGGCGUGGCAGGCCGAUCAGGGUCGCACGAUCGUUGGCGGCAAGACGCUCGGUGGCUCCUCGUCGAUCAACGGAGGGCACUGGACGCGUGGGAUGCAGUCGCAGUACGAGAAGACCUUCGGAUUGCUCAACGACGCGCAGGAUAAGGGAUGGACCUGGGAUGGCAUCUUCGAGUACAUGAAGAAGGCGGAGACUUGGUCUGCACCCAAUGAUCAACAGAAAGCGAAGGGGGCGCAGUCCGUGGUCGAGUAUCACGGCACCCAGGGGCCGGUUCAGGCCACGUUUCCCGAUGGCAUGUACGGCGGCCCUCAACAGGGCGCGUUCAUUGACACGAUCACCAACGUCUCGGGCAUCCCGCACCUUGCGGACAUCAACGGCGGCGACUCGCUAGGCGUUGCGUAUACCCCGCAGAUGAUGAACUGGCACGACAACGACUACCGCUCCUCGUCUCCUCAAGCCUACCUUACACCCGUGGAGGACGCGCGCACGAACUGGCUGACGCUUACCGAGCAUACUGCCACCAAAAUCACCUGGUCCAGCACCGACGCCCCCGCCACCGCCUCCGGCGUCGAGUUCGCCCCCACGAGCGGCGGCGACACCCGCUACACCGCGACCGCCAAGCGCGAGGUCAUCGUCGCCGGCGGCGCCAUCCAGUCCCCCGCCCUCCUCCAGCUCUCCGGCGUCGGCGACGCGUCCCACCUCUCCGCCCUCGGCAUCGACUCCGUCGUCGACCUGCCCACUGUGGGCAAGAACCUGCAAGAACAGACGAUGAACUCGCUCGGCGCGCACGGGAACGGGUUCGACAAGGGCGGGAGGGGCCCGUCGGGGUGUAUCGCGUAUGUGGACGCGAGCGGGCUGUGGGGUGGGGACGCGGAGGCGAAGAAGCAGAAGAUCCAGGACUCGGUUGCGGGGUAUGCGCAGAGUCUGGCGGGCUCGGCGCUGUCGGAGGAUGCGCUGAAGGAGAUCUUUGGUGUUCAGGCGGAUCUGAUCGUUAAUGACAAGGCCCCCCUCGUCGAGCUCUUCUUCGACUCUGGCUACCCUGACGACCUCGGUAUCGACAUGUGGCAGCUCCUCCCCUUCAGCCGUGGCACUGUCCUCAUCGACUCCGCCGACCCCUUCCAAAAGCCCACUAUCAACGUCAACUACUUCGCCGCCGACUUCGACCUCGACGUCCAGGUCGCCGGCGCGAAGCUAUCCCGCACGGUGCUCAACACUUCUCCAUUGGCCGACCUCUCCGUCGGCGAGACCAUCCCCGGUGACGAGGUCGCCGACGACGCCUCGGACGACGACUGGGCAUCGUGGGUCAAGAACGGCUUCUCCUCCGUGCACCACCCGAUCGCGACGUGCGCGAUGAUGAAGAGGGAGCUGGGUGGUGUCGUCGACUCCGACCUCAAGGUGUACGACACCGCGAACGUGCGUGUCGUCGAUGCGUCCGUGCUCGCGCUCCAGGUCAGCGCGCACUUGUCCGCGACGCUGUACGGGAUCGCGGAGAAGGCGGCCGACAUCAUUAAGGCGGCGCAAUAAGCGCUAGUUCCCUCCAGACUCUGGCAGCCCAUGUGUACGAUGCGACGCUCUACGCUUGAGGUCUCUGAUCACCCUACGCUUGUGGUCUCUGACACCGCCAUGUAACUGACGCGCAUGAUGCCUCUUUACCUAUCACCACAGACGAUGCCUGCGACAGGCGUCCUAUCGUUUACUGACCCGCCCUCGUUUGAUUGCUUAUCUAUUUACUGACUUGGAUAUCUAUAUGGAUCGCGAAUCCGGACUGUACAUACUAGUACCUUUCAUGCUCAUGCUCAAUCUAAUCCUCUGACUGAUGUACAAACAAUUGGGCGGUGAUCUUC